CGUUGUGUAACUUCAGUGGACAGAGUUGACUCACUCGUGUUUGGUUAGAGCAAUAUUUAAUUACUCUCAUAAUGUAGGUCUGGAUUAUGAAGGGGCAGAUUUCCACCAGCAUGAGAGGUGACUGGAUCUGUGGCUACUGUGGAAGUCGAUGGGAGCCAGCUGCCUCCUCUCCGGAGCUGAGUUGUUGCUAAGCUGAUGCUGUGCCUUAUUUAUGGGACGCGGAGUCAGGGCACCAUGCCAGUUCUCCUGGAAAGAUCAACGUGAACCAGAGAAGAAAAAAGCACAGACAGGGAGCCCUGCCCAAAGGUGCCACCUGCCAGCACUGCCCCCUGUCUGAAGCAACAUCUCCCCAACGCCUUCUCCAGGAUUUCCAAUGUGAUUUUGUUCAACCUUUAAAGCAAGGGCCCUUGAACUUGGGACAGGUGCCUCCAGCUGUCAGCUGGACAUACCAGGAGCUUGCCAGAAAUGUCGGCGGCGUCAGGUGAUGGCCCAAAUGUCUGCGGGCUGCCCCCCCGCUCCCUCACUUCUCAUCCUCGAGCGACACCGAGCAGCAGCAAGAGCCCAGCCCAGGCAGCACCAGCGCCAGCAACAACUACGAAGCCAGCGGCCAUCAGACACCGUCAGCACCACGCUGAGAAGCCACACGGGGUGAGAGCCCGGAGCCGGUGUGGGGCGGCCCAGCGCAGCAUGUCCCAAAACCCGUCACCCCUCCGCUGCCACUGACCGGGAGCGAGCCCUGCGCCGAGCAGCAUGGUGGGGCAGAGCGAGGGCAGGAAGGUGGUCCUCCUGGAGCCUUUCGUCCACCAGGUGGGCGGCCACAUGAGCAUGAUGAAGUACGACGAGCACACGGUCUGCAAGCCCCUGGUCUCGCAGGAGCUGAGCUUCUACGAGUCGCUGCCCCUGGCCAUGCGGCAGUUCACGCCCCAGUACAAAGGUGUCAUUUCUGUGCACCUCAAAAAGGACAGCCUCGGCAACCUGACCCUGCUCGCCAGCCCCAGCCUGCAGGCGGAGAGCUGCGGCCGGCUGGACCACGCCAUCGGCGACUCGGCGGUGACGAUAUGGCACAAGUGCAAGUGGGCUGCCAGCACCAGCACCGGCAGCGAGCACGCGCUCGUCAAGAGGUGUCACACUCAGCUCACCAAGACCUUCAAAGACAGCUGCCCAGGGAAGAUGCUAUUGAGGACAGACCUUCAGUACCACACAGAUCCACUUUUGGAAGAUGCAAACGGAAACCAGCCAGAAAGAAAGAGCUACAACCCCUGGGGACUGCACUGUCACAGGCAGCACCUGAACCGCAUGUCCUCCAAGUAUAAUGAGAACAAACUUCACCAAUUUCUAUUGCUUGAGAAUGUGGUAUCAAAAUACAGCUAUCCCUGCAUCCUGGACUUAAAGAUGGGCACCCGGCAGCACGGAGAUGACGCCUCAGAGGAGAAGAAAGCGCGUCACAUCAAGAAGUGUGAACAAAGCACCUCUGCCUCUCUGGGUGUUCGCAUCUGUGGGAUGCAGGUCUACCAAGUGGACACUGGCCAUUUUCUCUGCAAGGAUAAAUAUUACGGAAGGAAACUCUCUCCUGAAGGAUUCAGGCAAGCCUUGCACCAGUUCCUGUGCAAUGGUAACCACCUCAGAACAGAUGUCCUGGAGCCCCUCAUCCUGCAGCUAAAAGCUCUGCUCUCUGUCAUCAGGAAGCAAAGCUCUUACAGGUUCUACUCCAGCUCACUUCUCAUCAUUUAUGAUGGACUGGAGCACAAGGAGAACACAGCACCCUUGGAUAAUCACCUCCAGGGGCACUUCCAAAAAACAAACUGCACCACGACACAUGGCACUAAUCACGCCAGAGUCGACGUCCGCAUGAUAGACUUUGCCCACACCACUUUUAAAGGCUCCAAAGGCAAUCACACCACUUAUGACGGGCCAGACCAUGGCUAUAUUUUCGGCUUGGAGAACCUCAUCAAAAUUCUUCAGAACAUCUCGGAAGGAAAAUGACAAAUUCUGUGAAAUAGCCUGAAUUUACUAGUGACCGAUAUCCCUGAAAAGUAUUGCAUUGGGUCAAUUGUAUGGGACCCUCACAGCUGCUGAAUGUCACGUGCACGGUUUGGAAUGAGAGCAUGGACAGCUUGCUAGGAAAAAACUGCUACGUGCCAUUACUGAACUGAAGCGUAAAAAGCAAAGAGCUGAAAGAAUCUGUUCUUUCUGCAAUCAAUCAGAAGAUUUAUUUUCCUUUCUUGUUUUACUGCUGUCCUUGAUUUAUUUGUGAGUCAAAAGAAAGCAUUACUUGAAAGAGUCUUAAUGAUAAAAUAGGACCUGCUCACCUCCACCACACUCACAAAGCCAAGCAGGCUAAGAAUAUGUUGUGCAUUUGAGUGAGACUAUUAAAAUGAGCUGGCAGGUCUUAACAGAUUGCAGCAUUACUCUCAUCUCAUGCUCAGUGCUACGGGCUGAACACACUCAAAGACACAAGUGGAAGAAAAAUGCACACCCUGACAUUCACACUCCACGUGCCCAGCGCUGCAAGACUGUUCUUGCAAGUCAUUUUCCAUACAGCGCGGGUAUUUGGUGCUUUGUUGAAACACAAAUGUACCAGACGCAGAGCUCCUGGUUCUGUACUGCUUAAGGUGUAAAAGCAGGUGGACCUCAGACCAAGAACUGGACCUUGCAAAGGUUUAAUAUCCCUGCGGGACAUAACAGGGCAUGUUUCCUAAACUUUCUAAGCAAGAAGCUCCUUGGGGGCUGACGUAUGGGAAUUUGAUGAUCCUGUCAGAUGCUAGUCACAAAAAACAUUCACGUCAAGGUACUUAUGCUUCUAAUUAAAAAAAAAUAAAAUAAAAUCAGGGACUAGACAUGAAAGUUCACCUACAAAUUCUUUGAUACAAAUGUUGCCUGUGUGUUUGGAGGAGACAAUAACAAAAACUUGAUACAAUGUUUACAGCUUUUGUUGACAGAUUUUAUUAUGGAACAAAUAUAAUUCUUUCCUGCAUGGUGUGGGAAACUUGUAUGAAAAGUCCUUACACAAGGAAUAGAGGUACAGAACCCAGUUAUUGGGGAGUGGGGAUAUAAAUAAAGUUGUCUAAGUAACUCUCACCUGUUGUCUGUCUCUUUUUCACUUCCAGAGCAUCCUGACGUUAUGUUAUCUUUUGUUUAGGGCUGUGUGUUUUCAAAACAGCCAUUAUUUCCACAGGUUUAAAUAUCAGAUCUCAAGGGAGACCCCUUCACUUGUAUUUUAUUGCAUACAGCUGGUAAAUUGCGGCAAUUUAUAGCUGGAAAAUGUAAGUCAUCUGGCCCGAUUGCAUAUUUUACUUGGCCUGAAGUGGAUUUGGGAAGACCUGAUUAUUUACUGAAUGUUGUUCACAGUAUUGCAUAUUUCUUGCCCACAAACUGCAAUGACUAUAAAAAAAAGCCACAAACACUCUGCUUCAGCGGUGAAAGGAUUGAGUCAUCAGUUGUCUUGGCUCAUGCUUGCGCAGUGAGGUCGGUGCUGAAUGUGGCUGACACAACGAACCUGAAGGGCUUUAUCCAGACCUCCCUCAGCGUUCGCAGUGCCGCCGAGGCUCUCGCUGGAUGCUGCCACCAGGCCCUCGGGGCUGAAAGGGGGGAAGGACAAAGAAGGGUCUAAAGGGAAACACCAGCAGCUGGCUACCUGAGAGGAAGGUGUGGGGAGCUGGGGGUCGGCCUCUUCUCGCAGAUUGCUGACCCCGAGACCUGUGACCAAAUGUAUGAGAGCUUACUCAGAAUCCACACCAACUACUACAAAAACAAGUAUCCACGCCUGAAAGAAACAAGCUUCACUGGAGUGACAGUGCAAGAUUGCAAGAUGAUUCUAGCAACAG